AUGAAUGCUCAGCUUGCAGAGACCACCGGCAAUGGGAACAUGAUGCCCUUCCCGACCGGGUACAUACACAACAAGUUCGAAGACGGCCAGGCUGUCCUAGACGAUUACGACAACGUGGUUCUUUACGAACGCGGCCACCUGAACCCCGACCAGCAUCAGUCCCACCCCCACGACCGCGCCGCCACCUACACCCUCACCAACGUGGUGCCGGAGAUCCGCGAGUUCAACAUCGGCCCGUGGCGCGAGUACGAAGAGCGCAUCCGCCUACGCCUCAACAACUUCUGCCGCGGCACGGCAUACAUCGUCACCGGGGUGAUCACCCGGGGCAACACGAUUCGCCGCGACAACCAGGACCGCGUGGCCAUCCCCGAGGAGAUCUGGUCGGCCUACUGCUGCACUGAGUACGACCGCAACUCGCCGAACCCCGUCCGCGUAUUCUUCCCGUCGUUCGCCGCGCUGGCCAAGAACUCCAAGGAGAGCGGGCUGGUGAUGGAGUACCCGACACCCUUCCUGGAGAACCACCUGAAGAACCACAUCGAAGCGGACGCCACCCUGCAGAUCUUCUACGACCACUGCAUUGCGCCCUCCCCUCUGCCACUCUAUCUGCACCCCUGA